UUUGAGGUUGAGCUUACAGCGCUGCUGCACCGGGUCACACUCGGUCCGGGCGUCUCUUUCUGUCUGUCUGCUCAGAGAAACCAUCCACCCGUCGCAAUGGCUGUCCGCUGUUUUCUGGCUCUGCUCUUUAUUCUGCUGAGUGGUAUUGUUCAUGCUGAUAUGAUGACAUCACCACUGCCCUCAACAGCAGAGCUCAAAACAGCCAACGUCACCCAGACUACAUCUACUACAUCCACCUUCAGGCCCACUUCAACUUCCACUCAAUCCACUCUGACUACAGAACCUGCCGCUAAAACCACUUCUGCACACACCACAGUUACCACUUCAACUCCAACUUCCACACAAAGCACAAGUAGUUCUAGCACCGAGGCUACAGUUACCACGUUAGCUCCAACUACCACAGGACACAACACAACCAAUUCUACCACAGAGCCGCCAACUACCACAGGACACAACGUGACAAAUUCUACUACAGAUGCGCCAACCACCACACACACCAAUGCUACAGGAGCCCCGACUCCUCCUCCGACGACUCCUCCUGUACCAAAACCGACUGUUGGAAACUACAGUGUCAAGACCGAUAACGUCUCAGACUGUCUGCUGGCAAAGAUGGGCCUUCAGUUCAGCUUUAAAAUAAGUGGGAAUGCCAGCCUUCAGACUGUUAAUCUUGACCCUAAUAUGACAAAAGUGAAUGGGACCUGUGGAAGUGGUGGCAGUGACUCUUCCCUCUUUCUGAUGUCAAAAGACAUCACUGUUCAUUUUGUCUUCACAAACGUUUCUCAGAAGUUCCAUCUACAUGCUUUGACAUUGACUGUUGAUCUUGGAAAUGGAAACAUUUUCAAUGACUCUAAUACUAAUCUGUCUCUGUGGGAGGCUUCUGUCGGGAGCUCCUACAUGUGCAGAAAAGAGCAGAGCUACAACAUCAGUGACAAGCUCACCCUCAACACAUUUGAGCUACAAGUGCAGCCCUUUGACGUCCAGAAGAACGCAUUUAGCACAGCUGAGGAUUGCGACGCAGAUGAGCCUGAUAACUUCAUUGUCCCUAUAGCAGUUGGAGUUGCCCUGGCGGUCCUCGUUGUUGUUGUUUUACUGGCCUAUCUGAUUGGACGAAAGAGAAGUCAAAACUCUGGCUAUGAACAAUUCAAUUAGUUCUAGUAAUCAUAUCUAAUCACGUUCUGCAGUCUCCUGCAGUAUUUCAGCGAUCAAGUCAAUUCCGUUUAAGUGCACACGAAAUUUUAGUACACUUUCUUUUGAGAAAUGUUUUGACAAUACUUUGGUGUGGUGAUUCUUCCAAAAUGCCUGUGACGUACAAUGACCACCAUUCUACAAUGAAGUUCUGUUGUGAUCUAACAUUGGAUAAUCACACUCACCAUCCCUUUCUCUGUCUCUCCUUUCUCCCAGCGGAGGAGUGCUUUCUGGAUUCUGAUUUGAGUUUUCUUGUCCCCAUUGCUGUGGGUGUGGCACUCAGCUUCCUAAUCAUCCUAGUGCUUAUCUCUUACCUGAUUGGCCGGCGGAAGAGUCGUACUGGUUACCAGUCUGUAUAACCACCUGCCCUGCUGCCGUCUUGUCUACUAACCCUGGCUUCACUUAUCUCUCGUUUCCGAUCCCUUUGGCUUCCUCCUUUUACCCUGCAAACAGUCCAACCCUCUAGUUUCUAACAUGUUUGAUUGCCAUUUACAUCUCUAAUCAUUUCCUGUGUGUAAUAGUUUUCUGAAUGGCGUGAAUUUUAUUCCUGCUUGAUCUCACCAGAAGCAAUGUCAGCAGGCAUGAUUUGGUGUAAGCACAGGCUGUCUGAAAUAACCACUGGCAUUGCGCUGUAUGUUAAAUGCAUGGAGAAAAAAGAUGAUUCCUUUUAAUGGGAGAUUUGGUUUAUUCUGAGGAUGCUGUGAUUUUCGUGAACUAUAUUAUGAAUGAAUGAUGCAAUUAUAGACUUUAGGAAUAAUGUUUGAGUUGAACCAUUUGAAUGUAAUUGCUCAGUUGUGUAAUCGUAUUCCUGCACAUUCGUGGCCCCAAAUUAAGGAUCAAAUAUCCUGGCACAUUUCUAAAUCAGCAGAGCUAAUAAGUUACACAUUUGCACUUAGCACAUUGUAUUGUUAUAAAGGGAAACUUUUGUUUUUGACAUUUGUACCAGCAUUUGAAUAUAAUUGUUGAUUUUAUUCUUUCAUUGAUUCCAUUCGGUCCCUCAGGGAAUGUUGGAAGUGUUAUAAUAGGCCUGUUAGUACAUGGGUUUGUGCAUUUUUAGUCCCCUUUUUUUUUUAAUAUACUGCUGGAGACCUGUAUAAACUAGUUUUAAAGACCAAAGCUACAGUUUCCGUUUUUGCUCAUCGUAGUGAAUAACUUUAUCCAAUCUUUAUUAUACAGUCAUUUUCUCUAGUCAUUCUGUUCUCCCCAAAGGUUUUGGUUGUUAAAAACAAACACUAUUAAAGACAGAAUAUCAUUGUUGUACUAUAGUGUGCCUUUUUAGUUGCAUUUUUGUUCCUUCUCUAUAGGAUCGAUCUCUGUCAAGUUAAGAAUGUUGGUUCACCGUUUCAAAGUGGAAAAGAUUUCAAUAAAAUUGCUUUUGUUUUUGUA